AUUACCAUCAGUUAUAGCCGAAAAGUAUUAGACUGCCACUGCAGCGUUUGGUUGCGAUCGUCGAUAUAGCAAUUCCCAUUCGAGACAACAAGACGGGCUGUUUUACUGUGUUUGUUAUGUAGCGCCAGCUAGUUCCACCGCACGCAUUCGAUUUCGAUUCCUCUGCAGGUGCUGGCUGAGCACAAUCAGUGUAGUGUACGGGUGCAGUUAUUUACCUCCAUAGUGUUGCUGCCUCCUAGAUAAGGCAAAAACUGUUUCUCCCGUUUUCGCUCGACCGAUAAUUUCGUUCAGAGUGCACCCGAUGCUGGUACCUAAUAGCUGCCAUCGGGGGUGGUCGAUAUUUGCUUCAUAGAGCUACGGGAUAUUAAUUUGCGAGACGAAUUCCCAACGCGUAAUCUGCUUCAUCAUCAGCAGAAAGAAGGGGGUUUGAUUUCGCAGCCAAAUCUGUUGUGGUUUGCGUGAAAGAUCGUCACCGUCAUCUGUGUCGCUGGCUAGGCGAAAAUCAAGAGUUCUAUGUCAUUCAGUGGAUAUAAAGAAAGAUUGGUUUUGCCAGUGCAAAGAAAAGGGCAAGUUACGCUCUGUUUCAAAUUGUGCGAAUGUGAUAUAAUAGUGAGCGGAAAGUUUUCCGUCGCCUAAUUAGUAAUUCGUCCGGAACCUAGCGGCGAUAUGAGAAGUAGGUGCAAGUGAGACAAAUUCGUGGAUUAAGAAAAAGUCAGUGAAAAAAUCGUCGGAGUACGGAUCAGCGCCGGAGGCGGUAACAAAUAAGGAAGAAAAGCGAAACCAUUUCGAACGAGACACGAAAUCUUGAAACCACUCACCGGUGGGAAGAAGCGGCAACGACGACGGAGUGAGCAGUCAGCUUGCUGAACUCAGUUGACUUGGCCCCUUCGCACAACCGAUCGUGUUCCAAUGAGAAUAUUCAAUUAAAAUUGCACAAGUCAAACAAGCCACAGGCAGAUCCAGGACCGUUCUGUCCGUCAGUCACCCACUCAUUCAGUCAGUCAGACAGACAGACAGUCAGCCGGUUGGUAAAUUAGUCAUAAAAAGACCUCACCGAGUCGAGUCGGUCGAGAAAACAGUCGGUUUGUGGUUCGUGGCAGCCGGAUGCAGAAUUGAUGAAUUGAUUCGUCUGUGACUUGUUUUUUUUUUCUCUGCUGCCCCGUCGUCCUUCAUAACCAACAUAAGGCUAUCGUCGUCAUCUUCGAUUGGCGCCGGAUCCUCUUCAUUCAGAAAUUUGUAUGCUUUCUGUGUCAUUGAGAUGUUGCAAACAAAUGACUACUUCAAUAAGAGAAAUAGCCACCAGCGGAAUCUCAAAAGUACGAUUAUUUCCACGUUCAUCAAGAGGAUGGCAUUCACCGGGUCGCUUCGGAAGACGCUGUUUGGACUGCUGCUGGUGAUGGUCUUCCUGGUGAUGUUCCUGUACUGGAACGAGAAUCAAAGUUCGCUGAAACCGGCCGGAUCAUCGAUUCUGUUCGCGGGUAUAUUCAACCGGGACGGCGGUGGAGGCGGUGUCGGAAGUUUGCUGGGUGGAGCGCUGCCACUGCCGAAGAUAAGCCCACCGGAGCGGAUGUGGACCUACAAGUGCGUCAACAAUCGCUGCCUUCGACAGCACUAUGUCGGCACAGAUCAUCCGGACAGCAGCGGUGCCGGAAAGCGCAUCCCGUUCCUCACCUGUACCAUGACCUGCGGACCCAUCAACAUAUGGCCGCAACCAACGGGGAAAGCAACGAUCGGCAGUAAAGCGUCCCGCUUUCGGCUAGCUGAUAUUUUUGUACACAUUAAAACUAGCUUCAACCCGGUCGAAAGUUUGCUCCGAGAAGCUUUCGGAGUGUUCCGUGAAGAACUGCGAGCGGUUUUGGUGGCUCACGGUGUUCCUAGAGAUAGUGUGGAUAAUUUUUCCUUGACCGAAGGCAGUGAGGUUACCAAGGGACGAAAUUCGGAUGCCGGAAUUUCCGAGGAUCCGGGAACGAUUCGCUUCUACAAACCAGUAGAUGAAAACCGGUACGACAUUGAUAAGUUUGAUGUGCGAAUCACAGUGCAAAAAUCUCCGGAAACUCACUUGACCCUGCAUACCGAUGAAAGUUACAAUUUAACUGUCACACAUACUGCACGUACCUUAACGGUAAAAAUAUUUGCCUUCAGCUUUUUUGGAGCAAAGCACGCUCUCACGACACUGCAACAAUUGGUUUGGUUCGAUGACGAAGAGCGUAUUCUGAAAGUACUCAACAAAGCCUUAAUCGAAGAUGUGCCAAGAUUUAACUUCCGUGGCCUUAUGUUGGAUACAUCGAGACACUACUUCUCGGUAGAGUCGAUAAAACGAACGCUAGUGGGAAUGUCGCACUCCAAACUGAAUCGUUUUCACUGGCACAUUACGGAUUCGCAAAGUUUCCCGCUAGUGUCCAAACAUUACCCUCAGCUGGCUCAUUAUGGGGCCUACUCGGACAAGGAAGUGUACACGACCGAUGAUGUGAAAGAAAUUGUCAAUUUUGCCAAAGUUCGUGGCAUUCAGAUCAUACCGGAAAUAGACGCACCGGCUCACGCGGGCAAUGGCUGGGACUGGGGACCGAAGCAUAAUAUGGGUGAACUAAGUCUGUGUAUCAACCAGCAACCGUGGAGCUACUAUUGCGGGGAGCCUCCGUGCGGUCAGCUGAACCCGAAAAAUAACAACACCUAUCUGAUUCUUCAACGGCUGUACGAAGAGCUGUUGGAUCUGACGGGACCGCUGGAUUACUUUCACCUGGGUGGCGAUGAGGUGAAUCUAGAAUGCUGGCAGCAGCACUUCAACGAAUCGGACAUGCGAACCCUCUGGUGUGAUUUUAUGCAGCAGGCCUAUCAUCGGCUGCAGGUUGCUAACCAAGGGAUCGCACCAAAGUUGGUUGCCGUUUGGUCCAGUGGAUUGACCAGCUAUCCCUGUCUUUCGAAGAAUGCCUACGCCGUUCAAAUUUGGGGCGGUAGCAAAUGGCAGGAAAACUAUCAACUGAUAAACGCUGGCUUCAAUUUGGUGAUAUCGCACGUGGACGCGUGGUACUUGGACUGCGGGUUUGGCAGUUGGCGAUCUACUGCCGAAGGUGCCUGCUCGCCGUACCGGAACUGGCAGACAGUUUACAAGCACCGACCGUGGGACGAAAUGAAGCUAACCUCGCUACAGAUGCGUCAGAUUCUCGGUGGCGAAGCUUGCCUCUGGACCGAACAGGUAGAUGAAUCGACACUGGAUUCGCGCGUAUGGCCACGGGCGGCAGCCCUCGCCGAGCGGCUGUGGACCGAUCCGGUCGAAGAGAUCUACAGCGAAUCCGUACCGAAGGAAACCUUCAAUCGGAUGUCGGUCUUCCGCAAUCAUCUGCUCGAGCUGGGCCUCCGGGCCGAACCAAUCUUUCCCAAGUAUUGUGCCCAGAACCAGGACGAGUGUGUAUGAUAUUUCAUGAGCCCGUUCUACUAGAAAGUGGAACACCGGGCUGGUGGUUCGACGACGUUGUUUGUUGCUAGGUUUUUGUAAGGGUUGUACAUAUUUCCAAUGACGCUUAGGACACACAACAUUUGAUUAGGGUUUCAGCAAAGCAGCGACACCGAAAUGAUAUUGCGAAACGGUUCAUACAAUAGGUAAACAUUGUCCAAGUAAAAGUGAGAAACGUGUCUAUCAACAUUGACGGUUGUAUACUGAGCAGAUAAAAGUGAGCUAGUUCACAAUAUUUCAAAAGUGGUAUAUUUUUAAUAUUGUAUUUUAGUACUCAACUUGAGGUCUCAUACAAAAAAACACCAUAUUUGACUCUGUAAUAGUAUACAGUGAUAAAUCUACUAGGAAUAUCGAGAGAAUUCGUAUAGUAUCGCUCUCAAGAUGGCCUCCGUGGAGCAGAACGCUACCAGGUACUUACCCUAUAAAUUUUUCGUUUUGCUUCUGGCCAUAAUCGCAGAAGGUUUUCGUGAACUUAGCAGUAUUUUGUUCUAGUUUUUUUUUUCACUAAAUAAGCUGUGCAAACUCACAACCUAAAUAGGGUUAGUUAUUAUAGUUAGGAAUGUUAUGAAAUUUCAAUUGUACAUAGUGACUAGCGAAACCCGAAAUAUGAAAAUAAAUUGGAAACUCUUUUCGAAUAAACGCCGUUCGCUUUUGUAUCAGCUCAGUUAUGGAAAAAUGUUAGCAAGUCGUUAGAAACCAUUUGUAGGAAUCAAACUAGCAGAGAUUUAUUCUUAUGACUUAAUGUGGAGCAACGGAUGCCACGAAGCUUUCAUAACAUUUUUGUUAACUAGUAAAACGUAGAAUAUUAUUACAUUGAAUCUAACAAAGCGCCAUAUUUGGCAUGCUCUCUCUAUCUUUGUUAGCAGGUUGAAAAAUCAUCAAAUACUGUGAAAAUAA